AAUAAUAAUAAUAAUAAUAAUAAUAAUAAUAAUAAUAAUAUUGAAUCCAUCAUCAAAUUCAUCGCCGUCGUCUUUCCUUUCCUUUCCUUACCUUACCUUUGGAUCUCUCUAUCUUCCGAUUCCGAGGGUUCUUCGUGUUAUCAGAGAGAGAGAGAGAGAGAGAGAGAGAGAGAGAGUAUCAAUCAAUCAACAAUGAGCGAGGUGUUUAACGGUUACGAGCGUCAAUACUGCGACCUCUCCGCCAAUCUUUCCAAGAAAUGCUCCUCUGCUAUUGCCCUCCACGGAGAGCAAAAGAAGCAGAAGCUCUCUGAAAUAAGGUCUGGCCUCGAUAAUGCUGAAGCUUUGAUUAGGAAAAUGGAUGUUGAGGCGAGGAGCCUCCCACCGAGCGUUAAGACCACCCUCCUUGUCAAAUUAAGAGAGUUCAAGUCUGAUCUCAACAACUUCAAAAGCGAACUCAAGACCAUCACCACCUCUGCUAACUUGAACGCUGCUGCUGCUGCUCGUGACGACUUGCUCGAAGCUGGCCUCGCUGACACUAAGACGGCUUCAGCUGAUCAAAGAGCCAGAUUGAUGAUGUCAACUGAUCGAUUGGGUCGUACCACUGACAGAAUCAAGGACAGUCGAAGAAUGAUGAUUGAGACUGAAGAGCUUGGCGUCUCUGUCCUCCAAGACUUGCACAGUCAGAGACAGUCUCUCCUUCGCACUGGCGACACGCUUAGUGGAGUAGACGAUAAUGUCGGAAAGAGCAAGAAAAUCUUGACGGGCAUGACGAGGAGGAUGAACAGGAACAAAUGGACCAUUGGAGCCAUUAUCACCGCUUUGGUCGCCGCUAUUUUCCUCAUCUUGUACUUCAAACUCACCAAGUAAUCCUCUCUGUAUCUAUUAAACUCGACGACCAAAUCUUUGUCCCUGAUGAACGAAUGGUGUGAAUGUUUUAUUUAUCCGUUUCUGGCUUUCUGUGUGAUAAAAGUUAUAUAGUAUGUCUUUGCUACCUUUUGUAUUAUCUAUCAUGUUCUCUUGUUUGCGUUUACAGCUGUGUAUUUUUAUACUAAAUGAUGCAAAUUGUUUUGUUUA